UCCAUACCAGACGCUGUAUUUUCUACCUUCAAUCCAAUUCAUAUAUAUAUAUAUAUAUAUUACACACACAAAACACACACCAAUGUGAGUGAAACUGCAAACCUCAACACGACUCUCGCCAUCUCCUCCUCUCUCCUACCUGCGUUCGCGGUAGUUAUUUAGAAAUUCGAAUCAGAGAACAAAAUGGUGAUUCCUUCGAAAAUGAGGGACGCAUUUACAGGUCGAAGGAAUUCUCCGUUGAUUGCUUCUCCCGCUGAAGAUCAGAAGAUUUUGAGAUCAAGGAAUUGUACUCAAGAAGGUGUUCGGGAGGGAGUCAAGGCAGCUUCCAUUGCAUGCAUUGCUAGUGCGGUGCCUACGUUGGUUGCUGUUCGUAUGCUUCCUUGGGCAAAGGCAAACAUCAAUUAUACUGGUCAGGCACUCAUCAUAUCAGCUGCCUCCAUUGCUGCAUACUUCAUCACUGCUGACAAAACUAUAUUGGAGUGUGCGAGGAGGAAUACACAGUACGAGAGAUCAAUGGACAGCCUGAGACGCAAUGCCUAAUACAGUACGAUUGGAAUCGGCCAUGCUUUAGAUAUAUAUAUUUUUUUUUGCUGUGCUCAUUCCUUUUUGACAUAAAUGUGUCCGAAUGUACCAAGACACUUCCAUCUUGGCAUGGCUUAGUGUUGGAUCUUUAUGUUCUUAUAUAUAUAUCUUCUUCACGAGAGAGUUAAUAUA